AAAAGAAGCAAAAACCCCCAAAAAUUGGAAGAAUCUAAUCUAAAGCUCUGCACUUUAACGCUGUAAUUUUGUGUCUGUGGCGGGAAAAAGAUGGAACCAGAAGUGAGAGAGAAGAUAGAGACAACGGUGCGCGAAAUUCUAGAAGAAUCCGACAUAAACGAGGUGACAGAGUACAAGAUUCGUAAGCUGGCGUCGGAGAAGCUCGGCGUUAACCUCUCCGAAGCCAAAUACAAGGCCUUCGUCAAAGAAGUGGUCACUUCCUUCCUAGAAGAACUAAGAGCUAAACAAGAAGAAGAAGAAGAAGAAGAAGAAGAAGCGGCAGCAGAUGAUGACGACAAGGGCAAGAAUAAGCAGGAGUACGAUGAUGAUGGCGAUCUCAUUGUUUGCAGGCUGAAUGACAAGAGAAAGGUGACGAUUCAAGAAUUCAGAGGUAAAACUUUGGUUUCGGUAAGGGAGUACUAUAAGAAGGAUGGAAAAGAACUUCCUACAUCUAAGGAAAUGCCCAGUUUUUGGGAUUGAAAGAGAUUGGAUAGCUAACCAACAAAUUCUUUUGUUUGCUAUCAUUAUUUGUUUUCCUGCCAGACUCAAGAGUAGUAGUUUGUUGAACCAUUUUAGGGAGAAAUGUAAGCAGGAUGAAUCAGCAGUUUCCGGUGAAUUUGAUGCAAACUUGGUUAUGCUUCAUUUCUUUGUUAGAAUAGAAGCUUUUCUAGUUGUACUAGUGACUCGUUUGAACUCACUCUAGGGAACAAGGUAUAUGUUCUUGAGUUAUUUUACAGUCAAUGAGAUUUUCUGGUUUUUGCUUCUUUAAACUGGUAGCUGUGCUGUACACUUGAUUGCUUUUUGCUGAAGCAGGGCAUAAGCUUGCUGAGUUGUGGAGUGAGUAAUGCCAGUUCUCCAAUCUCCAUGAUGCUAAUUGACUCCAUUUUUGUUAGUUGACAAGAACUUUGUCACAUGAUCUACUCAUCGUUUGAUCUUACCUUUGUGGUUUCCAAGCUUUACAGUGGUGUCUCAGCCUUCAUUUUCUUGAUAUUUCUAUAAUCUUUGGUACAUUACUACAUCUCAUAAAUGGGGCCUUGUAGUAAUCUCUUAGGAACUGGACUCAUACUAUUAUUUUGAUGUUGUAAGAGUGUUUAUUAUCCUGUCAUUGAAUGUUAUUUACGCAUAAACUGAUGUCAUCUUAGCUUUUAGUCUCUGCCCUAUUUUUGUGCUUCCUUUCUUUGUAUGGUUCUUCUUUGGUAAACAUCACCUUUUACUUAUUGCAACACUUUUAUAUUGACUCUUCUAGUCUAACCCAUUGAAGUUCCAAGGACUGAAGAGAAUAAUUUCUUUUUUUCUUCUCUUCCAGCAUAUUCCUUAUGCUCUGUACCCUCAUACUUAAUUCUUUUGUUAUAUUGGUGCUGAAGUUGGAAGUUCUUGUCCUAUGUUGGUCUGUCUUCCUAUACGACCGUCUGAACAUGUUUCUGUUUUGUUGUUCACAUAUAAAUUAAUCAUCAUAGAAUGU